AUGGAAACGAGCAUGUUCUCUCCCGACUCCAAAACUCCGUCGCCGAAGCUUCUCUACCGCCGCCCCUCUUCCUCCCGCACAAUUUACGGGGAUCGCUUCAUCCCCAGCCGCUCCUCUUCCAAUUUCGCCCUCUUUAAUCUUCCUAAUUCUACCUCCAACCAUGAUUCAACUUCGCCCUACAACAACCUCUUGAAGUCCGCCCUCUUCGGCCCUGAAUGCCUCCAGCCUUCCACGCCCCAGAAAUCUUCCUCCUCGAGCAGAAAUAGUAUCAAUGCUACUGAUUUCCUCACUAGUCCUCCCAAUUGCAAUAUUUUCAAGUAUAAAACCGAAACGAAGAAACCCCUGCAUUCGCUCACGCCGUUUGGAUUUGAUCCUCACGGUCCUACUGCUAAGGCCCCAAGGGAACUUCCUAGGUCUCCUUACAAGGUUCUGGAUGCACCUGGUUUGGAAGAUGAUUUCUAUCUCAACCUCGUCGACUGGUCUUCGCAUAAUGUGCUGGCUGUGGGGAUGGGAAACUCUGUUUAUUUGUGGCAUGCUUCUAACAGCAAGGUAGUGAAGUUGUGCGAUUUACAAUCUGAUGAUAGUGUCUGUUCUGUUCGCUGGGCUCAGCACAAUACACAUCUUGCUGUUGGAACUAACAAUGGGAAACUCCAAUUAUGGGAUACUUCUCGUUGCAAGAGGAUAAGAACAAUGGAUGGACAUCGGAAGCGAGUUGGAGCCCUAGCCUGGAGUUCAUCCACAUUGUCUUCAGGAAGCCGCGAUAAAAGUAUUCUUCAGCGUGAUAUACGAGCUCGGGAAGAUUACGUUAGCAAGUUAACCGGGCAUAAAGAUGAGGUUUGUGGAUUGGAGUGGUCUUAUGACAAUCGAGAAUUAGCAUCAGGUGGAGGUGACGAUAGACUUUUCGUAUGGAAUCAACAUUCGACCCAGCCUGUGCUAAAAUACUGUGAACACACUGCUGCUGUAAAAGCAAUUGCGUGGUCGCCCCAUCUUUAUGGACUCCUUGCUUCCGGGGGUGGAAGUGCUGACCGAUGCAUCCGUUUCUGGAAUACAACUACUAAUACAAAACUAAGUAGCAUGGAUACUGGAAGUCAGGUGUGCAAUCUCGCGUGGUCGAAGAAUGUCAAUGAACUUGUGAGCACCCAUGGCUACUCCAAAAACCAAAUAAUCUUGUGGAGAUAUCCUUCAAUGUCAGAGUUGGCUACCCUCACUGGCCAUACAUCCAGAGUACUCUACCUUGCCAUUUCACCAGAUGGGCAGACAAUCGUAACAGGAUCAGGAGAUGAAACGCUUGCUCUGGAAUCUUUUCGCUUUGCCAAAAUCUCAGAACACAAAAAGUGAAAUCUGUGCAUCAUCUCUUGGAAGGACGCAAAUUCGCUGAUCUUCUGCUACGUAUUACUCAUCUUAUUUACUCAUGUUGCUCUGCUCACAACGAAUUUUACUGCUCCAAACGCAGUAACGCGGGGAGCAGAUAAGUUGAGAGACGACGCAGAGCUGCGGUCCCGCGGUAAAAUGCAGAAGGUUACAAAUAUUUUAUCAGCUGAUUGUAGUCUCAACAAUCAAGAAAAACUGGUAAAUAUCUACUGUUUCUAAUAUUUUAGAAACAUGACCAGAGUGUGCAGGAGACAACAGAAUUAUUUUUCUGUAAAUAAUUAUUCUUGGAGUUCUGGAGAUAAUAAACUAAACGGGAGCGCUUA